CACAGCAGCAAGACCAAGAGGGAGUCACUUUCAGUUUGUUUUUAAAGCAGCUGGUGUCAAGAAGAACCAUAAAUUAGGGUUAGAUAAAAUGACAGAGAAAAGAAAAAUGGACAUAAGAUCAUUUGUCAGUGCACCUAAACGCCAAGCAAAGGAGACAGAAAUUAUUGAGGGACAGGUAGACCAGGGUCAAUCAGAUGUACAGUAUCAGAAUCAGCUGAGGAAAACACAGACAGAUGUGCAGCAGAUGAUUCAGGACAGACUGAAGAAGAUCCAAGAGAUCAAACACUCAGUAGAGCUCAGCAAAAGAAACACAGAGAAAGAGAAGGCAGACAAUGAUGAAUUAUUGAAACCGAUUGGCUCACUUCAGAGAAUUCAGACUGAGCUGAUCCAGUUGAUGGAGAAGAAGCAGAAAGCAGUAGAGUGUCUGGCUAAAGGACUCAUCAAAGAGCUGAAGCAGGAAAUCACUGUGCUAAAGAGGAGAGACACUGAGCUGGAGCAGCUCUCACACACUGAGGAUCAUCUCCACCUCCUACAGAUUUCCUCCUCCAUGUGCAGCCCUCCACACACCAAGAACUGGACUGAGAUCAGUAUUAACACUGACCUGAGUGAGGACACUGAGAGGGCAGCUCAGUCUGAGUUUCUGCAGAUUCUCAAUGACAAGUUAAAGAAAUUUGAACUGAAAAAGAUUCAGCAGUAUGCAGUGGAUGUGACUUUGGAUCCUGAUACAGCUCUUCCUGAUCUCAUCCUGUCUGCUGAUGGAAAACAAGUGACAGAUGGAGACACACGACAGGAUCUCCCUGAUACAUCAAAGAGGUUUAAUUCGUGUCCCUGUGUUCUGGGAAAGCAGAGUUUCUCCUCAGGGAGAUUUUAUUAUGAGGUGCAGGUCAGAAAGAAAACUGAGUGGACAUUAGGAGUGGCGAGAGAGUCCAUUAACAGGAAGGGAGAGAUUACACUGAGCCCUGAGGAUGGAUUUUGGACUGUGGUACUAAGGAAUAAGAAUCAGUAUAAGGCUUGUGCUGAUUCCUCUGUCCCCCUCACACUGAGAGAGAAGGUGGAGAAGGUGGGGGUGUUUGUGGAUUAUGAGGAGGGUCUGGUCUCCUUUUAUGAUGUGGAGUCCAAAUCUCUUAUCUACUCUUUCACUGGUCAGUCUUUCACUGAGAAACUCUAUCCAUACCUUAGUCUUGGUUUAAAUGAAGGUGGUAAAAACUCAGCACCACUGAUCAUCUCUCCUGUAAUUAAGACUGAAUAAUACUUUUUUUUUUCUUAAAUAAAAUUAACACAAAGAAAACAAUCAUAA